CAAAAUAGCAAAGAAAGAUUCAACAAUUAUUUAUUCCAUAUGAAUAUUUCAUUGCCUCCUUGAGGGAUUAAGUUCUUGAUUUGUGUCAGUGGUUCGUCGGAGAGGUAGAGUCGAAUUUCAAGACUGCGUUAAAAAUUAACUGUAAGCUGGCUGAAAAACGAGCUCAUAGCUUAGGCAAAUACUAGUAAGAACGCCCGCAGCAGACCCACAAACUCUGCUGUGAAGGAAGAAGAAAAUGGCRAGAAGGACUUACACCGAACCAGACAUUCAGCUCGAAGUUUCCAAGUCAUAUGAGAACGAUGAACGCUCUUUUAGAGCAGUCAACGAGCGAGAUGARGAGAAGAUUGCGCUUGUUCGAAGUGGUAGCCCAAGCGCAAAUGAGUUCAAAUCACCUGGACCAGGUUCAGACUUCUCAGAAUCAAGUCCGUGGAAAGUGAAUUUUAAGCGAUUUAAGUCAAUGACUGUUUCAAUGACAGUUUCUUUGAUUGAGAGAGAAUCCCYCGACAGACAGGCCUCAGCUUUGCUUGCUGGAUGGAACGUCACCAACCUCAUUCAGGGAAUGGGCAUUCUUGGGAUACCGUAUGCMGUUAAAGAAGGYGGCUGGGCUGCUGCURSUUGCAUUUUCAUCGUUGCAUUAUUUUGUGAUGUAACUGGAAUAUUAUUGGUCGAUUGUCUUUAUGAAGUUUCACCACGAAGCCAAAGAAGGAAGAGAGUGCGCACUAACUACCCUGAAGUUGGUGAAGCUGUAUGGCCAGGUGUUGGGGGCAARGUAGUAACCAUUGUCCAGACAAUUGAGCUGUAUUCUGCAGCAAUGCUGUACUUGAUUUUACUGACAACAAUGUUCUCUCAAAUUACUGAGAAAUAUGUGCCAUUAACUAUGAAUGAAUGGGCUGUUAUAUGUGCCGUUGCUGUCCUCCCAAGUGUCUUCAUUACUCGCCUCUCUGUUGUGGCAUGGAUGAGUAUGCUUGCAGUAUUUGCACUAAUGUCAGCAAUUAUAGUCACGCUUACAUACUGCAUUAUCCACUUUGAUCAGUGGUCACUGGACAAURUUCCAAGGUUUAAUGGCAGUACGUUCCCUGUUGGAUUUGGCAUUGUGACAUUCAGCUACUGUGCCCAUGCYGUGUUUCCUGGCAUAGAAGGAAGCAUGAAGGAGCCACAACACUUCAACAGAAUGAUGCAUACAUCUUUCAUCUUAUCAGGCAUUGUUAAGACUAUAUUUGGAGUUUUUGCUGUUCUUACGUUUGGGAUUCUCACAGAUCAAGUUGUCACAGUUAAUUUAGCAGAUAGUCCGGGAUUUAACUUUGCUGCAACUUUGCUUGUUGCCUUGAAUGUAUUUUUCUCAUUUCCUUUACCUCUUUUUGUUGUGGUGGAAAGUUUUGAUGAUUUAUUUUUGAAGCACUUUCCACACUUAGGUCCGGSYUCAGGGUAUCACUGGUUUUGGCUUCUGUUAACRCGGACUCUACUUGUAACUUUUGCCCUYUUCAUCUCUCUUGUUGUCCCUCAUUUUGGUCUCUUGAUGGGUUUUGUGGGUAGYUUUACUGGUACCUGCCUUUCCUUUGGUUUCCCUUGUAUUGCUCAUUUAAGGCUUAAAUGGAAAUACUUGAGAUGGUAUCACAUUUUUGGAGAGCUUGUUCUCAUUGUAUUUGGUGCUGUUGCAGGUUUUUUUGGUCUCAUUUAUUCAGGGAAGGYACUGAUUGAUUCUUUCAAAGUCAAUCCUGCAUUUUAGYAAAAAGCUAAAUAGUUAUGAUCUGAAUAAUAAUUGUGUACUUUUUGUCAGUGAUCUGAAUUUAGAAAGAACUUUCAUUUUGUUUCUACAUGUCCUUUUGAUUUUGAAUUGUUAAAACGUAAAUUGGUGUAAACAAUGACAGAUGUGGCAUAGUCAUCACCAUUCAUCACAUCCAAAAUAGUUUGACUUACUUUACUUCGUGUGCAGUCAACAUUUAUUGUAAAAGUCCAAACAAUCAUGUGAUGAAGUCCUCAAUGUAAAGUACUCUCAAUGUUAUUGAAUAAAUUUUCAAAAAGGAUGCAACAA